AAAUAAUAAAUCUUCUAUAGAGCGAAUGAAAUGGAUAUUAAAUGAUACAGGGGCGAAGUUAAUACUAUUUCUUAGUGAUUUUCAACUUUGACUGACAAACUGUCUCAAGCAUCAUGACAAGUGAACAGAAACGGCGCCUCGUUCCGAGCUGCCAGAUGUUGCCUGAUGUGGUGUCCACUGAUCAGCAGUCUCUGGUGCUUGUGAAGAGACUUCUAGCCAUUGCUAUCUCAAGCAUCACUUACUUGAGGGGUCUGUUUCCAGAAAAGGCCUACGGAAACAAAUAUGUUGGAGAGCUGAAAGUCCUGAUACUGCGAGAGCACAGCUGCCCUGGCGCUCAGCAGAUUGUGCAAUGGUUGCAGGGAUGUUUUGAUGCACUUCAAAGAAGAUAUUUACGCAUGGUUCUUCUAUCGAUUUACUGUGAUCCAGACAAUCCACAGAAAGUAACUGAAUGUUACCAAUUUAAAAUGAAGUACACAGAGAAUGGACCUCAGAUGGACUUUGAGAGCAAAAAUGGUCAGAAUAUGACUAAACUGGCCAUUGAAAACACGCAGACAUCCAGUAUGCUGCUGGUGCGUAAGCUUUACAUGCUGACGCAGAAUCUUGGCCCGCUGCCUGACAAUGUCUGCCUCAACAUGAAGCUCUUCUACUAUGAUGAAGUGACCCCUCAGGAGUAUCAGCCACCUGGCUUUAAGGAGGAUGACAGCGAGACGCUGUUAUUUGAGAGGGAACCAGUAAAUCUAACUAUGGGAGAGGUGGUCACACCAUUUCACAGCCUUAGAAUGAAUGUCACCACUGAGCGAAAUAGACUUGAACCGGUGGAUGACGAUGUGGUAGUAUGUGGGAGUACAAAAUGGUCUUUGAAAUUGUUUGAGGAUGGAAUGACGUCUGAGACCUCCGUUCAGCAGGAGUACAUGACAAAAGAGAAAGUCAUCACUGAUGCUGAAAUUGAAUACUCAGAAACUCAAGAAAGCUCACAACAGGCUCACAGGAUUAACAAGGAGAAUCUUAUAACAGAUGAAAAGGAAACACUACAGAAUUCAUCUCCCACACAGAUGGACAGUCUGGUUAGGAAAACUCCUGAUCUUAAGGUGGGUGCAAGAAAGACCAGGAGUGGACACAUCUUUGAGCCUCAGAUCUCACAGUUUGAGUUCCCGCUAAGCCAAGAUCCCCAGCCAUCUGUCCGGAAGAGGCGCAAAUUCAGUGUACCUAAAUAACACUAGUGACACAUUCACAAUACUUACAUUACAGUCACAUAGCAACAUACUGGCACAUGCUACAUGCUGUGUUGUUUCAUUUUGUUUUAUUCUUUCAGUUGCGGAAAUGCAUCGUAAAGGUUCAUUUCAAUAUAUGUAAAACAGGUUAUGGUGCACACAAUAGAUUGGUGAGUGCAAAAAAUAAUCUUAGAUUGUGUAAUUUGUUAUUUUUGUUAGUAUUAUAUCAAAUACAUUUUUAAAGAGUCAAUAAAGAGUCAUAAUUGUGCUUCCAGUGCUGAGAGUGUAGUAGUGUUGCUGGAUUUUAGUUACAGCAGCCACUAUGUAAAGCUUCUGUUAGCCCACUAGAUGGCAGCAAGCACAUUGUAUAGAGUGAGAACAGAUCAACUUUUAUACAGAAUAAACAGCAUAUUUGUAUUAAAACAAAGAUUCCAAUAAAAUAACAUAGUGAAAGCAGACAUUUUUAAUUGCUGUGCUUGAAAUUAGGUCAUAAAAUGUAAUAAACGAUUGCACUUUGGAUAUAUAUCUGGAGAAGUAUGCACAUACGAUCCAUUGAGCUGAGAGAACUAGAUUUGGCUUUGUUUCCUCAUGCUUAUCAGUCAAGCACAGCACAUUUUCAGCACAUCAGUUUUAAAUUGCUGUGGCUGGUUACUCUGGCUUGCACAGCCAGAGUGAGAGACAUACUUAAUUAAAUGAAGUUCCAAAUGUAAGUUUGGGAGGGGCUUGUUCAUCUAGGCCUGCCAAUCAUAUCCUAAGGAUAUAUAAGCGGCUACUUCCCUCACACUGGUGAUGAUUUUUACGGCAUCCCUCCACCUCCUUUUCCACCUUUAUUUUUUAAAACGCUUAUACCUGUGCUCAAGUUAAAAAAAAAAUAAAAAAAAGAAUUAUGGUAUUUUUAUUUGAUUAAAACUGUAUGUAUCAAUUUGAUUAAACACCAUUUGAUCAUAACAUUUAAUUAAAAUAUGGAAAUUUAACAUGGAAUCCAGAAACAUUGAAAUGGAAAACACAUAAUUUGAAUUUGUAUGACUUUAUGCAGUUCUUUUAAUCAAGUCAUUUUCUGUGUAAUUUCAUAAAAAAUCAGAGGCUUUUUAUUUGUUGAUUAUAGUAUUGAUUUAGUAUCGAUACCGAGGUACCAGGGCUGGUAUUGUACAGAAGCCAAAAUUUUGGUAUCAGAGCUACCCUAGUUUGUGCAGAUGGUAAAUUCACAUAAUGUACACAAGGUAAUCAAGUCACUUAAGACUUGACACUUGUUUUUCUUAAUCAGUUUUUUUAUUGUUUUGACUUAAAAGACAUACACACAAAAAUAUUCAUCAGCAAACUAUUCUAUAACUCCAUAGCAACCAUAAUAUAAUCAAUAGUCUAAACCCUAUUUAAGACAAAAGGCCUUGAACUUCACAGACCUGCCCACAAGUGCAGUUUCAGAAUAUUUUGUCAUUUGUUGGCUCACUGACCAAAUGUACUAAGAAGUUAGCUAAAGACAAAUGUGCUUCCACUUUAAUUCUAUAUCUCAAACUCCAAUUCCCGAUCUGCAGUUUCAGGUCUGGCUAUGUUUUUGGAACCUGAUCUGUCACUGAUUAGAGUCAGCAGAAGCCCCUCUACCCAUUCAGAGAGCUUGGCUGCUGUCAGU